AUUGUAAUUAUGUUUGUCGUUUCAACAUGUUCUUAAUAUUCGUACCAUUUCUAAGCAAAAAGCAGAUAUUCAUACCAGAUGCCGUUGGAAAUAUUCAUACACGUGUACGUUCUAUAUUAACAGAUUCAGAUUGGUUUCUUAAUUUAUGGAGCUGUGUAACAUAUCAAAUGUGCGGAAAUAUUAUUUGAAAACAAAUACAGUAAAAAUCUUAAAAACUUCACAAACAAUGCUUGUAAGAAGCCUAACAGUUGUGCGUCAUCAUUUAAGAAACGGACUGACACUAAGAUUGAUACGACCAUGUUCUUCGGUAAAGACAGUUCUUUGUACUACAAACACGGAUAAAGUAGCCACAGACAAGAAACAGCCGAAGAUUGUUAGAAAGUCGGAUUUUUUUUGCAAAGAUUUCCACCUGCUGAUACCACAUACGUGCAUUGAAAACCGCUCAAAAGAGGCAAUUAGCUAUCUUGUCAAAUGCACCGACGAAGAGAUAAUGCAAGGAAAGCCUGGUAGCAGCUGUAAAAGAAAACGGUCGGAACUUAUUAAUGAUGGUUACUUAGAGGUUUCACCAAACCAAAUGGUCAAGUUUGACCAUCCACUCACUACCCUGCUUAAAAAGGUAAAUGUAAUGGGAUACAAGUAUGGGACAAGUGUUAGAAAUGAUGCAGAAACUGACAAAGUCGAUGAUUUGUGCAAAGACUUCCCGCCAAACAGCCGAUUGAUAAUAAAUUAAGCAGCAUAACAUGGGUUCCGUUUUACGUUUCGACAAGGCUGUGAUUGAACUGAUUGUUCUAUAUAUGUUUUAUUUAAAUUAUUGUUAAACGGUCCAUAUAUAUAGUGUAUAUUUGGUUGAUUGCUUCUGUUUUGAAGCUACAUGUAUUUAUCUAGGCAUUAAUUAUGCUUCUGUUUGGUGAUUUGAAUAGAUCUGUGUCAAAUUGCACAACCCUUGUAACUUGACCUUCUCCGUUUUUGUUUUGUUUGUUUGUGUGUUUUAUGGUUGUGACUUUGUCUUUUCUGUCGCUCGUCUACAUGUUAUAUAACUCUUAUUAUUAUUAUUAUUAUUAUACCAGAUUUAUAUAGCACACUUUUCAUGAUCAGUUUCACGUUCAAAGGCGCUUUACAUGGUUCAAUUGCAGCCUGUCAGGGCAGAUAAUGCAUCUUCUACUAGUCAGAGCGAUCUGAACAGAGGAACAGAGUGAGACAAAGCCCCCACGACAGAGAGAUCAGAAAGAAAUAAGAUACAGGCUUGGCUGUUUAACUUAGCCUAACUCGUUGCGAGUAGACAUACUUGUUCUUUAACGUGCCCAGUGUAUAGCACUGAUAUACUUUAUAGUAACUUUUAUCUCGUGAUGUGCCCCAUUGUUUGCUGUAUGCUUUAUAUUAUGUAAUAUUUAUGUCAUGAUUGGCUUUUACGCCUAAAUGAUUUGCAAUAAAAUUGUCUUGUCUUGUCUAUGUAAACUGGGAGAUUCGCACGGUGAAAUAAUGGUUGAAGAUAGUUACGAGUGAGAAUUGUAGGCCCUAUUAUAGAAAAUGUGCAUAAGUCAUUGUUUACUGACUGUGAAAAUGGUAAACAGACCUGGACCUAGUUCAACAUAUUAUAGACAAAGGUCAAGUAUGUCAAUAUACUGUAUCGUGCAUUCGACUAAUAAAUUUUCUAUUCUGA